AUGGAUCAUGAUGGAUCCAAGGCAGCGACCCAGAUGACCUGCUCGAUCGUUCUGGAGGUAUUGCCUUCUAAUUCGGAGGCGGAUAAAAAUGGGUCUGUUCUUCUAGAUGGGGAUGAGGAAGAGGAGAAAAAGAAGAAGAGGAAGAGGAAGAGGCGGGAUAAGAAGAAGAGACUCGAUCCGAAGGAAGAGCUGCUCUGUUUGUUUCCAUUUACUACGUCAUCCAGUGCCAUUCAGAGAAAGAUCAAGAAUCAGUAUCCUGAAUCACAAGUUAAUCGGCUUGAGAUUAACUCUCGUUCAGGUGUUUAUUCACUUCAUUAA